CCGUUGUUAUUCUGUCACCCGUCAUCAAAUCAGCUGUGUAUCACACACAGGGAACAUGUAACAAAUAAAUGUGCGUAUUAAAAUUAUUCGUGUGAAAAUGUCCACUGAGGCAAAUGAUAAAAAAGCAACUCGAUGUUUAUGAUAAAUUCACGGUGUGAUAGACAUGGCGCGCCGGAGAAGCAGCGGCAUAACAAGCCUGGGCUUCAACCAGGACCAAGGGUGUUUCACUUGCUGCCUGAAGACCGGCCUGCGCGUCUACAAUGUUGAACCGCUUGUUGAGAAAGCUCAUUACAGCAAGGAGGAGCUGGGUGAGGUGUCGCUGUGCGAGAUGAUAUUUCGUACCAACUGGCUGCUGGUCGUGAAGGCGCGGCGCCCGUGCAGCCUGAUGCUGCUCGACGACCAGCAGAGAGCCUUCCGCGCGGAGGUGGUCUUCAAAUCGCCGAUACGAGCACUGCGCGCUAGGAAGGACAAAGUGGCGGUGGUGCUAACAUCUAGCAUCCAGGUGCUGUCGCUGCCGUCGCUGCAGCGCGUGGCCCUGCUCCGCACGCCGGCGGCGGCGCGGCCGCUGUGCGCGCUCGCCACGGAGCCCAACGCGCCGCAACUACUCGCUGCGCCUGCGCACAGGAAGGGAUCGCUGCAGAUACUGGACGUGUCCCGCGCUGUAAAAGGAGCCCACUCCAGCUCCCCAGCGGUGCUCGGCUGUCACCAGACGGACCUGGUCUGCCUGAGCCUCUCUCCUGGAGGCGGCAAGCUCGCCACCGCCUCCGAGCGCGGCACCAUCAUCCGCCUCUGGGACACGCACACCAAGCACAUGCUGCACGAGCUACGCAGAGGCUCCGACUACGCUGAUGUUUAUUGCAUAACGUUCAACCCGUCCGGGUCGCUGGUGUGCUGCGUGUCGGACAAGGGCACGCUGCACGUGUGGGCGGCGCGCGGCUCGUUCGCGCACCUGGCGGCUGCGCACGCGCACCACGACACGCGCGCGCUCUGCGCCUUCACCGACGACGCCAGCGCUGUCGUAAUUUGUGAAGAUGGAACGUUCCACAAGUUCACGUUCGCAGCUGAAGGGAAUUGUCAUCGCAGCGACUUUGAAUAUUUCCUGCAGGUUGGCGACGACGACGAAUUUCUUCAAUGAUCUAUUUUAAUAUACAUUAUGACUAUAACGGACUCAAAUACGCCUAUAAGUGAUAACACAGUGUCGUGCUAUAAGAUUAAUGAAGCUUACCUGACCAGUUCUAACGUGGUGUGCACACCGGGCGGAAUGAAGCAAUUAUAGCUAAGUGCAAAUCCAAAUUGAAGGGACAGUGACUUUAAAAUGGUUUCUACAGUCAGUGAAGUGUCUUGAUUUAUUAUUUUAUUAUUUACGUAUUAAGACAUCUGCUGAACAACAUCAGAUUUCCAGACUUCUUGCGAAAUGUAUGUGCAGUCAAGAAAAUAUCGUAAUUAUUUUUUUAAAUGCGUGAUUUCCUAAAUUAUUUGUUAAACAUAGAGAAAUUAGUUGCGCUUUGAACACCGCCAUUUUAAUCGCGCGACCGAACAGUGUAUAAGCACCUUUAUAAUUAUAUACUCUUAGGUUAUUUCUUUAAAAUUUAAGUUUGAAUGUAAGAGUCCGAAUUCAUUUGCCGAUUCAAAAACGAUCUCAAUCCAUAUCUUCGGAUCGAUCGGUGUAAGCCAAUCAAAAUGAUUCUGUAAUGUCAAACUUUAUUCUGAUUGGACCAUAUUUAAGCAGCUUUAGUAAACGAUCGCUAUCUCAAUCUUCAAUCUAAUUCCGAGAAUGAACCAAUCAAAAUGACUCAUUUAUUGAUUUAUUUAUAUGUAAUAAGGCACACCAACAGCACUACAUAUUACAUCAAUAUUAAAAAAAAAACAAAAAGGUACAGUAUCUGAUAUGUGUGUUACUAAUAGGUGAACUCAUUUGUAGGCAUGUUAAAAAUCCGUUGUUUUGAUUGGUCCAUUUUUGAGAUAGAUCGAAAAAAGGGAUUGGGAUCGUUUGUUGAAAAUUAUAAAUGGUUUGAGGUAAUAACUAGAAAUUUGUUUUUAGUCAAUUCGUUGUGAGGUAAGUUCUAUUAAACUACAUACCAAUCUAAAUAUCAUGGAUAAGUAAGCUAUGUCUUGCAAAUUGAUUCUAUUUGGCAUUAGUAAAUGAUUUUUAUCGGUCGAUAUCUCUGGAUCGUUUCAUUUCGAUUACAUUUAACAUUUGUAAGAUUUUUAUCAAUAUCUCUGGUCGUAUUGACCAAUAAAGUUUGAUUGUUAGGCUCCCAUAUUUUGCUUUGUUUAAUCUCACGACCGAUCUACAGAUAUCAGAGCGUUCACUAAUCUCGUAAAAUAUAAAGAAACAUUAUAUAGAAAAUCGUUUAUUUGUGAAAUGCAAUGACCGUAGUUAUUAAAAUUAUAGUAGUCUAUCUAAUGUUAGUUGAGCAAUUUUAAUUUUUAUAAACCGACGCGUUCCAGGGUCGUGCAAUACGUGUAAGAAAGAGACAAAAAAUAUACGCCCUCUACCGCACGCCGUCACAAGGAUUUGCGACUCAUGGACUUAAUAUAUAAAGUAGAUAUUAGAUUGUAUAUUAAAUUUAGGUUGAUGCAAUAAGUUUAAAGGUAAAAGACAAAAGGCACUAAAAUGCAUUUUUUAUGUUAAGACAUAACUUUGCAUGUACUUCCUCGUUGAAAAAUAAUCUAAAAUGGUUACGGAAAUUGUUCAAAUGUAAAUCAUAAUUUUUAUUGAAAUAUAUUUUUUGUAAAUCUUUACAUAUUAAUGAUAAUGUUUUAAAUGAAAAUUAAUUGUUUAAAUGCAAAGUACCUUAUGAAUAUAAACGUAAAGAGCAUUCUGGCUUAUCGGGAAAUAUCCAUAUUUAUAACUUGUGAUACGCCUUUUAAAUACAUGCAUGUUUGAAUUAAUAUUAUUUGAAUUUUAACCUAACAUUUAGUUCAGAUAGAUUCAUAGUUUAUAUUUAUUUAAUUUUAAUAGAAACAUAUCUUCAUAAUAUAUUGCUUUAUUAAGUUCUAGAUUUCGUUGAAUUUUAUUUCUCAUCCCUGAAGUGCAGGAUAAUUGGGGCUCAAUAUUAAUUGGCAAUACCACAUUUACUCAUUUGUAACAUAACAAAUAUAGAUCUGUAUAUCCUUGCUGUAAGGGGUUGCCAACAAGAAAAUUGUUGGGUUGCUAGCAAAUGUAUUUAUGAAAAUUGCAAUUUUUAUAUUUUAUUAUGGAACUGAGUUAUUUUAUUAUAGUUAUUUCAUAUUUAUCGAAGACUUAUCAAAGAGGGAUUGUACACCCGCUCAUGUAAAAUUGUGUGUAAAGUUAUAUGUGUAUGUAAUUAUGUAAAUAUUUUUUCUAGAGACAUUAAUAGUUUUUGUACUUUCGACAUUAAGGAUGUAAGGUUGAUUUGUCGAUGCAAAAGAUUCAAGAAAGAACAUGCUUUAUUUUUAAUGCCUUUCAAAUUGAUAUGUGUCCCUAUCAGAAACUAAGAAUAAUAGUUGUCUUUGGUAUAUAAGAUGUUUAAUAAUCUAAAUCAACUGUCGGCAACAUGCGGCCCGCGAACGUUCUGUUUGUGACCCCUGAUUGUUUUGUAAUAAGGCUUAAACAUCAAAAUAAAUUCAGAGUAAGCGCGUCUAAAGUAGGUUUUCUAGGUUUAAUGUUAUACGUAUGGCCCGCGUUACGUUAAUUUUACCACCUUGUAGCCCUUGCCUACCAAAAGGUUGCCGACCGCUGAUCUAAAUCUAUGGUUACAAAAUGAUACACUAAUAAUAUAUAUUUAUGAAGAGGAUGUGAAUUUUGAGGAAUAUAACUUUUAAUCGACAAAUCACGCUUACAUUUAUUGCAGCUUGAAGCUUGUAGAAACACUAGACGUGAGGCGGACAAGCACAUUCUGUAAAUAUAUUUCAUAAAACAAUGUAUUUUUUUAUAAAAUUGAAAAUGACUAGCUCCACUGUUUUGUAAAGCUUUAGAGGUUGGAGAGAUGUACCUGGACGGGACGAUUUGGAUUUUUAAUAUUAAAAUUUCUUUUAUAUAA